AGUAAAUGUGACUUUUAAAAUGAUAUGCUUAAAGAGAUUUUUGCUAUUUUUAGUAUCAAAGCUAUUACCUUAAUUUGAUAAUUAGGCAUGUAAUAGGCAAGUUUGCGUAUUACCAUGUAUACGCAAGUUGGUGGUUUUCUCAAACCUGUUAAAGUGAGAGGAAGCAAUGCAAUAGUGAAUUCUCAUUGCCACUAUAUAUAGACACACAGCGCAUCCAAUGCAAUUCUUUUGGUACUAACACUCAUUUUUCAGAAUCUCUAGAGUCAUUAUAAUGGAGGGAAAUUUGUUUCCAAUCAUGAAAAAUCAGUACAAAAUACCAUUUUAAUCUUGUCGUCUUCAAAAGAACAUGUAUUUUAAUAGGGAUGACCAGGAUUUUGAAAAAAAAAGGUUGGGGUGAGAUUUGUCAGGAUCUAUAAUGGCAGUCAAUAGAGGACAACACUUUGCUGAUACUGUAGCUGACAGGUGUUAUCUACAGUACCAACAUCUACCCAGGGAAGGAAAACCACAAAAGGGCAAGGAAUGGACCUUAAUGGCAGCUGUUGUCAUGACCGUCAGCAAUGAUACUGAAAACAAACCCAGUGGUGAUCAUGAUCUAGGAGGUGAUGAUAUAGAUGUGGUUUCCAUAGGAACAGGAUCCAGGUGUAUUGGAAAGUCAUUAUUGAGAGAUAAAGGUGACAUCAUCAAUGACAGCCACGCAGAAGUAUUGGCCAGAAGAGCUUUUAUUCGCUACUUGUAUGACCAGCUCACCCUUGUUUACACCAACCAGGACAGUGCAGUGUUAGAGGUCACAGAUAACUACAGGGUCAAGGUCAAGGAUGGGGUCAAGUUCCACUUCUUCUCUAGUCACACACCAUGUGGUGAUGCCUCUAUAUUUCCUAAAGCCAGUGGUACUAUGGACAACUCUGGUUUUAAGGUUGAAAACAACAACAAACUUCAAUGUCAGCUGACUGACCAGGAUGAAGGUCAUCUACAAACAAGAGAUGAAGUUCUCCUAAAAAAUGUAUCUAAAAUUAAGUCUCAGAAGUCUGAUGUGUCAGCCUCAGGUUCAAUAAGUCAGAGUUUAGUAGCAAAACAUAAAUUAUUAUGCUGCAGUGAAGAUGAAAUACAACCAAAGAAGUCACGGUCAGUUAUUGAUGACAGAGUUCAAGGUCAAGGUGAUCAGGACAGAAAGUUCACAGAAGACUUUUCAGGCUCAAGUACGUAAUCGUACGAAAAGAUUCUAAUUGUUUUGAUCUUACAAACUGAAAAUAAGGAAUAUAUUGCACAAACUGAUUGUGUGAGGUCACAACCCGAGCUGAAUGUAGAGUCUGAUGGAGAUAUUUAUAGAACUGGGGCUAAGUGUGUCCCUGGUGGUGACCAGGACAACUUUGGGACAGGACAUGAUUACCACACAGUGGGAGUGUUGAGGACUAAGCCUGGCCGAGGAGACAGAACUCUCUCAAUGUCUUGUAGUGAUAAACUGGCUCGCUGGAAUGUCGUCGGAUGUCAGGGGGCGUUACUUUCCAACUUCCUGUCACAUCCAGUCUACUUUGACACGAUUGUUAUAGGAAGUUGUCCCUACAGUCAAAAUGCCUUGAACAGAGCUGUGAUACAGAGAAGUAGAGGCGUGGACCAGCUUCCUUAUGGAUAUCGUCAUGGAAACCCCCAACUUCUUCAGUCCUCUCAUAUUUUCCCAGACUCACGUACCUCAUUGGAAGAAAAUCAUCAGGUUUCCUUGGCACCAUGUCCAAUGUCUAUUACCUGGCACCGUGGACUGGGGGAUGAUUUUCAUCAGGUGUUGGUCAAUGGCAGACAGCAUGGUGCUACUAAAAAGAUGAUCCAUAUGCCUAAAGCUAGAAGUAAAGUUUGCAGUAUGGAGUUGUUCCGUCGAUAUAUACAUGUACUGGAGGUUAUCCCCAAGGGGAAACUUCCUCUCAACCUGAGGUCAACCAAACAGCCAGCUGAUGUGACAUAUGCCGAGCACAAAACCAUGGCAACAGAGUACCAGGCAGCAUGGGAAUGUGUAAAGAAACUAGAUUUGUUUAAAUCCUGGGUCCAUAAACCUUCUGGGCUUACAUCGUUUUUACUGGACAAUAAAUAGCUCUUUAUAUCUAACA